UGUAAUUUGAAAUAUCUAUUCGCUUCGAGUUUAUAAUUUAUAAUAUAUAAAUAAUUCUUAAUUAUUACAAAAAUCGUGAAAUGUUGUAUAAAUAGUUAGAAUCAAUUAAUUAAAUAAAAUAGCUACAAAAAAAAUAUAAUUUUUAAUAAAAAAAAAUUUUAAACUUAUGUUUUUUGAAGAUAGAAUAACAAAUAUUAAUGAAAAAAUGACUACGCACAAAGAGAUCUCAACAUCCUGUGAGGAUAGUCUCGAUGUCUCCAAUAAUGAAAAAAAAGUUAAACAAAUGAAAAGAUCGAAAUGUAAACUUGAUGCAAACGGCCGACUAAAUCUUAAAGAUAUUUUACUGUCUUUUAAUGGACCGGUCAGCCAAGAACAAGCUUGGGCAUUAUGCUAUCAAACGGCUAAGAGUUUGUCAUGUUUACCGGGAAAUAAUUUUUAUGAACUCUCGGAGUUAUCGCAGAUCGUCCUUCACAAGGAUGGCGAUGUUUGGCUUGGCGAUCUAAUCGAAUUGGAAAAACCCCAUGUAUCUGAAAAAAAGGCUAUGUUUUCAUUAGGUAUGAUGAUAUUCAAAGCACUUGAUUUCGGCCUAGAUGAACAAGAAGAAAGGCCUUUAUCACCGGAUUUGGAAGCUCUUAUAACAUUAAUGACAAGUGCAGAUCAAGAAAUUGAAGAAGAAAUGGAAGAACGUCCACAGGAAACAGAUGAUGAAGGCAUAGAGAGAGAUUCAAGUAUUGCUGACAUAGAUGAAUUUUUAUCACAAAAAAGUGAUAUCUAUAAAGAAAAAUCAAUAUAUUCCUUGAAAAAUGUAAUGCAAUUAUGUACCAGGCACAUGCAAACUUCUAUUGAAUCUGCUGAAGUUCAUUAUAAAGCUGUAAUACGAGCAUUUGUAGCAGAAGCUCUGGAAUUGUCACAAUUUUUGGACACAAUAGAAGCUGAUAAACUACAAGCUAAUCAGAAGGAAGUUGUCAACAGUGAUAGUAAUAAACAAAUCUCCAUGUCCGUUCAGAAUCUUGAUACAUUAGAUUUCAUUGAUUGGACUGACAUUAGGAUUUGGAGGGCUAUACAAGCAAGAUUUUGGGUACAAGUUAUACAAGAAUUAAGAAAAGGUGUGAAGCUAAAAAAGGUAGAAGCCAAUUUGGGUUCAAAAAGCACAACCCGUGGGCGAGGAAAGGGAGCAGAAUUUGAAUUAACACCUUAUGAAAUUUUGAUGGAUGAUAUUCGGAAAAGAAGAUAUCAUCUGAGGAAGACACCAUCACCAACUCCGAAUUUGAAGAAAGAUGCCCAUGCUGUUAUUCUUGAAUUCAUUCGGAGUAGACCACCCUUAAAGAAGGCAUCAGAAAGACAGCUUCCACCCCUUCAAAAGGAAUGGACUCUUCGAGAAUUACUUAUGGAAAGUAUAAAGAAACCACCAAAUUUAAGGUCUUCACGCAAUAGAUACAUUCCUAAGAUUGAAAGAACAUCUCCUCAAAAUGAUUAUAUUCAAAAUGCUGCUGAUAUCAAGGAUAAUGGAUCACCUACUAUACCAAAACCUCCUCGAAGGGAAUUGGAUAGUUCCAAUUCUACAAGUAGAAGAAAAGUAAUUCCUGUAGAUUUUGAUUUAAAGCUGGACGCGGAGGAAGAUGACGAUGAAGAUUAUAAUGAUGAAUUCACGGUGACAAGAUUCGAAGAAGAGGACGAAGGAUCAAAUUAUUGGCAACUAAAAGAAGAUUAUACAUUUGCAGAUAAAACUAAUAUACGUACUAGAUAUAAAGAUCACAGAUUUGAUGACGAAGCAGACUCUGCGAAUCCUUGGCGAAGAACUGGUGGAUUACGUUUGACGAGGAACGAAUAUCAUCGAUUUUGUGAUACACAACUUGAAUCUUAUGAUCUUGCAACGCAGUGUCCAUCUAGAAGAGCAUCGGCUCGAAAACACGCAGCUAAACGUACUAUAGCACUUACAGCAUUAACUGGUACUACUUCUCUUCCUCAUUCGAGACCACAAAGUCGUCAGUACACAGGUCCAACAGAAUUGUUAUUAAAUCAAAGUCCAAGUCCUAAUAUUAGUGUGAAUCCUAGUCCAAGUGUAAGUCCUCAGCCAAGAACAAGACAACCGAGACGAUCACAAACUAUUGCCGAAGAUACAAAAGAUAGCGAAGAUCAAAAUGAAGAUUGUCAAGAUGAUAAAAGACAGAAACCUACAUUAGGUGACAUGUUCUUAGAUGAAAGACUUUCUUUGACUCUAGAAGAAAUUGUACAUAUUCGGAGUGUAUUAACUAAAGCAGAAUUGGAAUCUCUGCCUGUAGAAGGGCGUGUAAAGGAAGAUGUAGAGAAGAGACGUGUUUGUUUUCUUUGUUUAAAAACUAGAUUCGGAUUGUUAGGACCUUGGGGACAACGUUGUCGUUUGUGUGAAAGGACCGUAUGUGUGAAAUGUUAUUCCAAAAUGCGAAUUCCAACUGAACACUUCGCCCAUGUCCCAGUAGUAUUACUAUCUCCUGGUCUUCUUCUUUCUCCAUCAUCUUCAGAACCAGAUACUAGCAAGAGUUCUUGGCUUAGAAGCAACGGAGCAGCUGGAUCUGCACCGGCAUCACCAGCCUCUAGACGCAAGGAUUCAUCGCUAAAAAGUGUAACACCUUCAUCCACGCCUACUACGACACCAGUUUUGAUACUUACACCAACUUCCACACCGCCUUCUCAUGCUCGUCGUGAAACAGAGAUUCAAGAUAAAAGAUUACCAGCCAAUGUACCAUCACCGAAGGCAUUCUCCAGUUUCACAAGUCAAAACUCGGAACAACGAUUGGCCGCGGAGAGAUUGCGAGGUGUUUCUAUGGUUGUCUGUCAUGAUUGCCGUAUUAUGGUGAUACAAAUAAUUAAAAGUUCGAGAACAACACGAGCUACGAUACGUAAUAAUGUUAUUUCACGACUCACUUUAAACUUAUCUCCAGCCUAUGUUUGAAUUCUCUCUGAAAAAAAAUGAAGUUCCAGUUAAAAAGGAAUAAAAUAUGAAAGAAAGUUAAAUGUAAAAUAUAUAAUUUUAACGUAGCUGGAAUUUCAAAAAAAAUCUAUAUAAAAUCGGCACACAGUGACAUUUAAUGUAUUCUAACGUACCAACAUUCAGGCUUACAUCUAAGUAGAUCAUUAAUGCAUGCAAAUUUGAAAAUGAAAUAUGAUUAGAAUCAAGUAUUUAAUUAUGAGAGUUAAGAUUCUGUUUAGUUCUUAACGACAAUUAACUAUUUUUCGCUUCCCAUUUCAAUAAUUACUAUUAAUAAUAAACUUCAAUAAAAAUUAUUAUGCAAUCAUGCGAUUGCAUUGUCACAUGCGCGUGUGUUCUCAGUUCAUAAAAACUGGGAAUUCAUAUUUAACCCCGAUCAAUUAUCUCGGGAUUUUAAAAAUGUGUACAUAUAUGUUCCUUUUGCUCCCAUAUUGUUGUGAACAUUAAAUCUAAAAAUAAUAUCGCAUUUAUUGUAAAAUUUAGUUGAAAGAAAAUAAUUAUCAUAAGCAAAAAUUAACAAAGAAACAAUGAAAAUGUUGAAACUCUAGAUAUAAUCUACAUAUAUGUGCCAUAAUAUUGUUCCGCGCAAUAGCGAUCGAAUUAUGAUCAAUUCUUAUCUAUCAAACUAUGCGAUAGUUUAAAAUUAAAUGAUCAUUAAUUCGAACUAUUAAAAAAUUUAUAUUUUCCUUAAUUUGUUAAUAUAUUUAUGUAACAUAAUUUUUGCGCGUAAUUUUAGAUUUCAUAUUUUAUACAUAUUAAUAAUGAUUGUGUUCGAAAUUCUUAAUACUUUUGUUUGUAACUUUUGUUAAUAAUUUAAUUAAGAUGAGAGGUACGCAUACAUAAGCACACGCAUAUUAUAAAAUCAUAUAAACUAUAAAUUAGCGAGAGAAUCAAAUACUCUGACAACCCCAAAUGAAAAGAAUAUUAUUUUUCUGCGAUGACAUCAUUUUAUUUUAAGAGAAUAUAUUUAAUUUAGAGCGAAUUGAAGUCGGAUGCACAAUUGUACUAUAAGUAUGUUUUAAUGGAAUUAAUUCAUUUAAAUUUUUUUGUAUAAUGUUUGUGAUAUUAAUUUAUUAUUUUUUAUGUGUACUAUUUAUUAUAUUUAUUUAAUUCUGCGAAUUAACUUACAGAUGUGUUUCUUUGUAAUUGUACAUAUAAUUAUACAUAUAUUGUUAUGGAAUUUA